GAAAGAAAUGAGCAAUACUCUAGUUUGUGUCAAAAAAGUAAAGCAAGAAACGCCUGAAGAAUGGGAUGAGAACAUGCCAUUGCCUGGAGACAUCGUCGAAGGUUUUGCAGAAGAUGACAAUGGUGACGAGUUAUUUCUGCCGGCUAAAUCCAGGUCAGAGCUCAGUUCACAGCUUGGAAAACUUAGCCAACACGUUGAUCCAAUAUGGCUGAAGGUUAGAAGAGGCGAUGCUACGCUUAAACUCCGUGUCAACGUAGUGCAAGAGAAGAGUUCAUUGCUGCAUAAAAGGUUCUCCUUUAAAGCGGUGACCGAUUAUAGACAUGUUGCAGUGUUGGGGGACUUGACCUCACAACAAUGCAGAGAGCUACAAGAAAUGAGCAGGAAGGUGGUGAAUGCCGAGAGCGGAUUAUUCAGGGAGAAGGGAGUGAAGUAUAACUGGAAGAUGAAAACGAGUACCUAUUUGCCAGACCAACAAUCCAGCGUUGUUAGUUCCAUUCUCUUCAUGCCAAUGCAAGGUGAAAAUUUCAUUGAAGCCACCACAGGCAGGUGCAUGGCCUGGUUUUCAGCAGCAGUUUCUUCUGGGAUCCCUCUUGUCUUUGUUAAUAUUCAAACAGAACUGAUGUUCGCAGGGAAAGAAUCGAUUUGGGGUGAACAGCAAAACCACUUUGCAACAAUUCAGACAAUGCAUGGCAUAAGACUUUGGUUUUUACCUGGAGUUGCUGAAGUUGUACUUGAAAUGACAUUGGAACCAGGAGAGCUGCGCUUUGGGAUGGACAUUAAACGAACAGACGAGGGCUUCAUCUGUGUGUAUUCGGUGACAAAAGAUUCGGCAGCAGAUCGUGCUGGGAUUCGGCAGCUGUAUGAGGAGGCAAAUAAAACAGAUCAUUUACUGGUAAUCUCUAAAUUACAAGGCAAGACUCUAAUGCCUUCAAGUGUCUGCUUAUCAGGGCUCAUACAUUGUUGUGAUCAUAAUGAAAUUAAACAGACUCUUGCUUCAGCUAUUGAGCAAAUGGAUUCAAUCCAAGUCCACUUCAUGUCCUGGCCUAACCAAACUAUUCCUUGCAACAUUAAAGCUGUCGGUGCUGCAGCCCUCCAACCUCCAAGGGAAUAUUGAAAAAUUGUAGCAAAGGAGUGAUUUAGCAUAAUACAAGAACUUGUAAUGAUAUAAUCUCAUAUGAGGAAAUUUUACUCCACACCUGAGUAUAUA